GCCCGCGGCGGCUCUCCUUCCGUCGCGGAAGGCCGUGUCCCUGGACGCUGCGCGGCGGAGGCGGGCGGCCGCGGAGCCCCGCAGGAGGUGCGGUGCGGCACCCAGAAGCGGAGCCGGCGAGUCCUCCUGGCCCCUCCAUGCCGGCCUGGAGGCUGCUGGCUGCGGCCGGCGCCCCGGUGCUGGGCCGCAGUGCGAGCGGCCUAGGCACCGCCCUGGGCUCGGAGAGCAGAACAGACAUCUGGCUUUUGAUUAGAAGUCUCCAUGGCAAGAGCAGUACUUGGUGGGAUGAGCAUCUUUCUGAAGAAAAUGUUCCGCUUGUUAAGCAGUUGGUUUCUGAUGAAAAUAAAGCCCAGUUAGCAAGCAAACUGUGUCCUCUGAAAGAUGAGCCGUGGCCUGUGCGUCCUUGGGAACCAGGUUCCUCCAGAGUAGGCCUUAUUGCACUGAAGCUGGGCAUGAUGCCUUUAUGGACUAAAGACGGUCAAAAGCAUGUGGUCACAUUACUUCAGGUACAAGAUUGUCAUGUCCUAAAAUACACUCCGAAGGAAAACUACAAUGGAAAAGUGGCAGCUCUGACCGUAGGAGGAAAAACUGUGUCGCGUUUCUAUAAAUCUACAUCUGUGUUGGAAUUUUACCAAGAACUUGGACUGCCGCCAAAACAGAAAGUUAAAAUCUUUCGUGUAACGGAUAAUGCUGUAAUUAAGCCAGGUACUCCUCUUUAUGCUGCUCACUUCCGCCCAGGACAGUAUGUGGAUGUCACAGCCAAAACUAUUGGUAAAGGUUUUCAAGGUGUCAUGAAAAGAUGGGGAUUUAAAGGCCAGCCAGCAACUCAUGGUCAAACAAAAACCCACAGGAGACCUGGAGCUAUUUCAACUGGUGAUGUUGCCAGAGUCUGGCCUGGAACUAAAAUGCCUGGACAAAUGGGAAACAUAGAUAGGACAGCAUUUGGACUGAAAGUGUGGAGAAUAAACACAAAGCACAAUAUAAUCUAUGUAAAUGGCUCUGUACCUGGGCACAAAAAUUGCUUAGUAAAGAUCAGAGAUUCUAAACUGCCUGUAUAUAAAGACUUCUGUAAAAAUCUACCAUUCCCUACGUAUUUUCCUGACGGAGAUGAAGAGGAGCUGCCAGAGGACUUGUAUGAUGAAAAUGUGUGUCAGCCCUGUGCACCUUCCAUUGCAUUUGCCUGACCUCACUUGGCGCAGCAGAACCUCGCGUGUCCCGUGAGCUUUGAUGAGCCAGAACAGUAGUAGAGCCAGGAACUGCAUUUCCCUUUCUCAGUCACAAUACCACACUUGUCAUCUCUGUCAAGGGCAUAAAUGCAUCAUUUGUUUCCCAACUGGGUUAUGUUUAAAAAAAAAUUACAUUAAACAAAUCAGGUAGAUUGGAUUUACCAAAUUUGGAUGGACUGGAAGUUUGCAUAUUAGCAACAACUUGGUAAUUUGUGAGCUUCAUUUUCUUUUUUACUACAUGGUCUCAAGUUACCUUAAUAUGUUUAUAAAUUUCUUUUAUUAAAGAUUGGUCUGUCUUCUGUGAAGGGGAUUGUGAAACAGUGGCAAACCAUAUGAGGACUUGUGGGGCAACCUCUUCAGAUAAACCAUUUCCUAAAUUCAUUUCUAUCACUCUACAUUUUCAAGCCCUAAAGAGGGAAAGGAAGUGAUGUGUAUAUAACUAUAUGUCAUAGUUAAAGGCCUGACAAAGAGGAGACAAUAAAAUCAUAAAUUACAGAUUGUAUUUACA